CUUUCUUUCUCUCCAUCAGGUCUUUGCUCCGGUUUGUAGGUGACCACGUGACUCCGCCCUCUCCGUAUUUAACGACUCGGGCCGCGCGCGCGGUGAGGAUUCGGGUCGGUGCGCGAGCUCGGGACGGGACAUCCACGUGACACCGAGGAGGUGAGCGCGCGCUGCUUCCGGUUCGCUGGAGCAUGAAGACAUGAAAACGCCGCCUUUGAUGCGCGCGCGCUGCGCCACAACACUACUACCACUAAUAAUACUGCACCUGCUGACGGCUGCACCGGCGCGCGCAGCAACACACCACAGGUCGAGUUUUCCAAGAAAGUUCUGGACCUUUGAGGCGGGAGGCAGCAUCGCCAUGGAAACCACUGUCAGGCCCCCGGCUGGUGUGAAGGACAUGGUGCGAGAGCGCCGUUUGGUCUGGAGAGAUCUCGAGCAUAAAGAACCCCCGCUGAGUAAUUCUCCCACACGUCUCAGUCAGACCCUCGUCCCUGAGAGACGGAAACGUGGGCGUCGCCACGCGCUCUUCGGCUCGCGGGGUCACAUGCACGGUCAGCUGAUGCGAGUGGGCUGCGUGUUAGGAACCUGCCAGGUCCAGAACCUGAGUUAUCGUCUCUACCGGCUGGUUGGCCAGAGAAAAAGAGAACGUUCCUCUCCAGUCAAUCCCAGAAGUCCUCACAGUUACGGAUGAAAUUCAACAGGACGCUUUAUCAGACUCCGCCCAAAAACAAAUAGCGAACAAAUGAUUUGUGAUGGAGGGCAUGACUCGUCAAUCUUCUUUGACAUGAAAUAUAGAAAAAAUGCAUAUUUCUAUAUUUUUAUUUGUCUCUCUCUCUCUCUCAUGAACUAAUAAAAGUGCGACAUGGUGAGUUUGUUACAAAAUGAAACCGAGGGCGCCAAUACUUUAAUGUUACCAAAACAUGCCCUGAAGCAGUAAAUCAGCCGGAAGCCAUGAUGCUACCACCACCAGUUUGUAAAAGACUACUUAGAUGUUCCACAAUGAUGUUCUGUGGACAGAAAUUCAUGUUUGGAGUCAAAAUAAUGCAUCGUAAACCAACACACACGACCUGGUCUCCUCUGUGAAGCAUGGUGGUGGGAGCAUCAGGGUUUAGGGCUGAAAUGUCUUAUUUUUUAUUUGAGUGUCUCUCUGACAGGAUGAGCCACUAGACAUGUUUGGUGAAUUUGUUAUAGCGGCAAGUUAACAAAAAUAAAACCAAGUGUGCCAAUAUGUUAAUAUUAACAACGCUGAUUAAAUAAAAAGCCUGUAAAAAUGUAAAAGUGCAACAAAAAAGGUAAGAAUUCGUACAUGUUCUGUGGCUGAAUAUUUAUGUUACACAAACACAGUGACUAGGAAGCCAUUUGGAAUUUGAAAUAACUUAAAGAUGGUGGAUUUUAAAGAUGGUGGAUCAGUGACAAAGACAAACAUCACUGUGGGUAUAAAAAGAUAAAAAUGAACCUGAAACAUUAACGUUUAUGAAAAAAAUUGCGACUUUUAUAUUUGCUAUUAAAGUAAAAGAUUAUAAAAGAGAGAUAAACUCCGUCACAGUCACGACAAUGUCAAAAGAUCAUCAGGAAGAUUCUAUCACUAUUACAUUUAACCAAUCAGUGAUCUGCACUGCUGUAGCUCCGCCCACACAUCCCUGAUUGGCUCACAUGGAAUCUGGGCAAGAAGCAGAACUUAUGCUGCACUUGACUAAAACUCGUAACUCGGAAUUUCCACUUUCCGACUAGGAAAUGCUGAGAGCCUCAGGCCAAAAAAACAAACAAACUUCAAAGUGUGAAAAAGAUUCUGCUGUUAUUUCCUUUAACAUCUUCUGGGUCCCUGGUGGCUUAGUGGCUCCUGCGCUCUCACCGCCGAGGCCCGGGUUCGAUUCCCGGGCAGGAAACCAACCCAUCCACCGGGAGUGUACAUAAACUGGGAGGACUGUGACAGGAAGGGCAUCUGGUGUAAAACUUGUGCCCAAUCAAACAUGUAGACCAAUGAUCUGCUGUGGUGACCCCCAACAGGAGCAACAACAAGAACGCCUUUAACAUCCUGUGACUUUGUCUAGUGCUUCAUGUCCAUCAUCCGAGUUUUCCGAGUCAUCCAAAGUCGACCUGAAUAUAGUGCAGGCUACUGAAAAUAGGUCAGAAUUCCCAUCACAAGCACUUUAAAAACAUGGGAUGGAGUGUGUGUUGUAUAAUUUAUCUCUGAGUUAAAAUGUAAAUAUGUCUGAAAUGUGUGUAGCGUCUGGAUGUGCAGUAGUCCGUUAAAUGUAAUUACUUGUGUGUUUGGACCUUCGUUAAGGUCUUGUGUGUUUUAUUCAAUAAACGUAUGACGAUGAUCUUUUUAACACCA